UAGACUUACAUAAUGUAGCUAACAGAUUUGAUAUAUCCACGCGUUGAUGAAUCGGCUUUAUUGUGGUCCUAUCAUUUGUAAUGUUCUUCUGUGGGAAGCGGCCGUUAAAAAGAGAGAACAAUAAUAUUUUGAAUGAAGUAAGUUAAGCCUGUGACGACGGCUAACGUUGGCCAAAAUCGAAAAAGAAAGGGAGCGAUAACGUACAAAUAAAUACCUUUGAACAAUUAAUAUUGUCUGAGUAGGUUGAGUAGGCUAUUCUCGACCGCCUAAGCUUAUAACUUGAUAGAUGUAACAGUAUUUUUAACACGUAUUUUUUUUAUAUAUACCACGCAAUCUGUGUGGAGUGAAAGUCAUUUGUAAAUAUAUGAAGAAGUGCAGAUUUGCUUACCUUCUAAGAAUCGAAUCUAUUUUCGGCCUCUAAUCGAUUUCUAACCAACAUAGCUAGGCAGUCUCUGACAUGUUAAAUUUUACGCAUUUUACAUUAUUAACACUGAAUGUUUUCGAGUCGUUUUGUUUGUGAAUGUUCUCUAUAUUUUGUGUACAUGGCGCGCAACUGCGCUACACAUGCAGAAGGCGUUAUUCCUGCAAAAACGCUUUCUCUCGCUUAGUUGGCUAACGGUUACUACCCGGGACUAUGAUUAUUAUUAUCAAGCCGACAGUGGCGCUGAUGCGAAAGGGGCUCUGUAAACGCGGCCCUUGCAUGCGCUGUGCGAAUGCCCGUUCCGUCCCAUAUAUAUAACAUUGGUCAGUUGGCAAGGCAGUUGCAGGGGCAUCGCAGCCUUACAACAGAAGUUGUGUAGUGGUUGUGGUCGUCGUUCCUUUUCAUCGUUUGCGCUUUAUCGGGCAAAUUUCUCGACUCGCCUAGCUUGGACUGCUGACGCCGUUAGCAAGCUAAAAUAACAGUAACGGCAGUAAUGAAAGCUCUGGUUGUUAUUGUGGGCGCUGCCCUCGUGGCUGUUGCUUCGGCUGGUUUCCUUGGAGCAGGCGGUGGCGGACAUGGAGGUGGAGGUUUCGGGGGCGGCGGAUAUGGAGGUGGAGGAGGUUUCGGAGACGGCGGUGGAGGCGGAGCCAAUGAGGAUGGAGCUGCGUUGUCGGCGGUAGGACUCGCGCGUCUGCUUGGAGGAGGUGCUUCACACGCCCAUGCAGCGGGCGGUGGAGGUGCAACGUACACAAUCUCGGGUCCAACUCAGGAAAUUAAGUCUGUCCAUAAGAUUACCACGACGAAUUCCGGUGGUCAAAUCUUGUCGAGGACUGGUGGAGGGGGCGGCGGCGGCGGUGCCGGCAAGAUUAUCAUUAUCAAGGGCGGAGGUGGCGGAGGUGGACACGGAGGUGGCUACGGAGGCAGCUACGGAGGCGGUGGAUGGAACAAAUAGAUGCAACGAACAAGGUAGAAAAGAGGAGAAAAUGAUGAUAACGAUUUGAAUAGUAAUGGUGGUUAUGGUAACGAGGCUGAUGACGAGAACAUAACAAGCUUUCAAAUCCACUCGUUGCACUUUUUGUACAUGUAGAAGAAAGCACACUUGCCAAGAGCUAGUUAUAACAUGACUAUCGCUGUACAUAUCGAUAUGUGAAAAAUCUUUAUAUGGAUGGUUGAACUGUGUAUAGAGAGAAUCAAAAAUGAAAAGCUAGUGUAUACUGUGUAUAACUAGCUAUCUAUGGGUGGAAAUUAAAUUUGUAGUUGUCUUCCUUUUCUGACGGGCUACAUUCGUAAAGAUUUAGCGGUUUGUUAGACUAGCUAUAUACGCUGUUAGCAUGUUUUCAGUGGGACGAUGUAAAUUUAGGCAUAUGCUUUUUAUGUUCGAGAGAAAAACAAAAAACUAUUUUCAAUCUUCA